GAGAUUACCCCGCGGUCUCUCGACCUGGUAUUCCCUUCAUCUCUCUCUCUCUCUCUUAAUUCGGUGUACGGGAUUAAGCCAGAGCGAGGGAAAAUUUUCGGAAAGAUAAAUUUGAGCUUGGAGUGGAAGAUGUGGCCUUAGGAUUUUCCGAAGAGCCUGCAUGCCGUUGCUGAUUGAUUCUGCAUUUCGGCGGAUUUGCUGGGUCAAUUGCGAUAAAAAAGGACUUGCUGGUGGAAAGAUCGAUAUGUUAUCUGAACUAUAAAUUCGAACUGAUCAUUCUAUUUUGCCCGAAAUAACUACUUCGAGGCGGUGAUUUCUCUAUUUUUAUUCUUUUCGAUCGAAAACUGCUUCUGAUCGUGGAAGGGUAUACAAGUAUUUGAAAAAACUGCUUCUGGACGUCGAGUAGUUUGUGAAAAAACCCGUUCUUGUUUCAUUUCUCUUUCGCGGGAUCUGUGCGAUCGUUGUUCGUAGCCAUGGGGGAGUCGUCUUGCUCGCUGGAGUACUGGAGGAAGUUUUUUCGUACCGCUAGUUCUGAUAUUUUUGAGUUGAUCGAGAAAGCCAUCAUCGUGGCGGCGGUUGAUUGUCCUAAGGAGUUUAAGUGCAGAAGAGAUCAGAUUGCUGAAAGUCUCUUCACUUCCCAACUUUCCAAGUGCUUUGGGUGCAACCGUGUUGAAGUCCAGGGAUCUGAAGAUGGUCAUUAUGUGAGGGAGGAGGAGUGUAGGAGCGUGAAGAGGGAAUUAGGAGAGAAAGAUAGUAAGGUCGAUAGCUGCAACUGUGACCCUGAGGAUUUAAGCAGGGUUGGAAUAAGCAAUUAUAGCUAUGAUGAAGCAGAGGCGCUCACAGAAGUGAUAGAAGAGGAGAGACAAAUGGUUGGAGAGGUUCUGAGGAUAAAGGAGAUCCUAUGCAACAAGCAAGAAGAGUCUGAUGAUGUCUUGUAUGAAUCGUUGACGAAGCUGCAGCUAAUGCAACUUUCUGUUGAAACACUUAAGGCAACUGAAGUUGGAAGGGCGGUGAAUGGUCUGCGGAAACACAAUUCCAAGAAGAUUCGAAACCUUGUUCGUACUCUCAUUGACGAUUGGAAAGUGUUGGUAGAUGAGUGGGUUGCAGCUACAGCUGCAAUUGCUGAAAACUCCCGUGUUAAUACCUCUGCCGGGGAUGAGGAAGAGGGCCUACCUUCUCCUCCAAUGGAUGAAGGAGCACUAUUCGUCACUCAAACUACAACCAUCCAGCUUUCUGAGGUCUUUGAUGGGAUGGAUGAAGAUGGAAAUUUUAGGGUCUCAGAGGACUUCGAUAAGACCAGAGAUGCUGGACGAAUGGUUUCUGAAAGCAUCAGCCCAGUGAAGACUCAAGAGCCGCCUCAAAAACUGGAUAUUACAGAAGAGAAAGCACAGAUGAAGAAGGAGUCUGUUGUUCGGCAAGAAAAGCCUCAUGCAGUUCCUGGUGUGCCACCAAAGCCUCCAGGCAUUGUCAACAGGUUGGGCAAACCAUCUACAUCUGAUUCUCGAUUUGCCGGACCAUCAAAAGCAGCUUUUGAACAAAGACCAUGCAGUAGUCGUUUAUCUGGAGUCCAGCCUUCGAACACUCCAGAAGAUAAAUCAAAUAAUUCUGAGGAGGCAAAACUGGAGGUUGCGAAGAGGAAGCUUCACGAAGGAUAUCAACGGAUAGAAAAUGCGAAGAAGCAACGAAAAAUACAAGUCUUGGAGCUCCAUGAUCUACCAAAGCCGUCACAAAACCAACGGCCACUAACUCGGAAGCCCAGAAACCAAUCUAGGAACUGGUCAAAGGCUUGAGAGUAGUUUGUUUGCACAAUGGCUGGAAUUUAUACUCAUCUCAUGGAGCAAGAAAAUGACAUCUAAAUAAUUGCAGCUUGCUCUGAGGGACAGGAGCUUCAUCGACUGUAUUUCUUCGCAGAGGCCAUAGUAUUAGACAUUUUUUGGUUCUAGUUUCAUGAUCUGAAUAGGCCAGUAGUUCACAAGCACAACAUUGCUCUAACCAAAUUUUCAUAUUGGUUGAUCCUUGAAGCUAAAUAUUGUAGAAAUGACACUUUUUUUUUUUAAUCUAGAAAUGACACUAACAACUUAGCAUUCAUGAUUCAACUACUCAUGAUUAUUUUUCUCCAUGAGCUUUCUUCCUUUCUGUGAUGAUGUACAUAACCAAUGAUUUUAAUGAAUUUUUCAAGCCA